AUGGCUAAGAAUCCAAAAAUACUGUUGAUAGACAAUCUAACAGAGGGCGUCUUUUGUUUUCGUAAAAAAAAAUCACCAAUUUCUUUUUUUUCUGUGGUUCGUGAUUUUUUGGUGUUAUUCUAUGACAUAGAAAAUGGUGAGCUGCAAGGAAAUGGUAUCUGUACAUGCUUUGCUGGUGAUGUUAUAUGUUCGAAACCAAGAUACGGGAUUGAUGCAGAUCAACUCGACAAUGGACAAGUGUAUCUUUUUAUAGGAUACAGUGUAAAGGAAUACCAAUAUAUCAACGAAUACACCGGUGUGCAAAUGUCGGAUGCGGUGUUCCAGAAACAGCUACAGACUUUACUUGAUGAAGAAUCGCAACCCACUUCUAAGUGUAAACUUGUUUUAGUUCCAUUGAAGACACACGGUCAUCUAAUGUUCAAUUCAUUUGAAGAGGGAGAUGACCGUAAACAGAAGCCGGUGACUUGUAUUGGUGCCUUGAUGCAGUUGGCCAGUAUGAUAAAUGGUGGGAUGAUACAACUGUUCACGAGUCCAGUGCUAUCGGUUUUGAAAGUAGCAAGCGUAGACCACCUUGAUAUGAACACCAAUCGCCCUCAAAGUUUAACGCAAUCUUCAGACAUCUGGGAAUUACGAGAACGAUUGCAAUCUCUCUACCUUUCCAACCAGUAAAUGAUUUUAGUUGUGUUCACAUCUCAUAUUUAUGUGUAAUGUGCCGUUUUGGAACAAGUGAUUUUGUCUUAGCUUUCUUCACUUAAUGCUGACAAUUUUGUCUGUGUCUGUAGCUUUUUUAAAGGGAGCUGUCGAUUUGUAAGAUGACGUGAUAAAAGUAGAACGGAUUCACUCACCCGUGACCGUCCUGCGUUCAAUGCACAACGCGUCCUUCAAUUCACGCAACUCAUACGUGACGUCAUUAGUUCUUACCGUCGUCGUACAAUCGAAAGCUUCUUAAUGUAGAAAUACAUCCCGUGUAAUGCAUGCGAAGAAUAGAAUGUCAAUCAUUCAAUGGCUACAAAACAAAGUAGACUCACUGAAAUUACAUUGUUAGUGAAUCUGCGUAAUUUAUGACGUGUUUUAAAUUGGUGAUUAUAGCAUAAAUUCUACCAUAAACCUAAAUGAAGAAUAGGCCUAUUUUGUGGCAUGACUAUCAAAGUACAGUAUGCUCAUGAAAACAAAAAUUCUACCUGAAAAGUACUUAUAAGAAAGUAUAAUACAUACUCCAAGUAUUGAAAUACACGCCAUCGUGUAAAAGUACUUAUUUAAUAUCUAUUUGCAAAAACAAGUAGGCCUAUUUAGAAAAUUUGCUGCUACUUUUUGUUUAUUAAUCCGUUUUGUCUCGAUUGAAGCUUGCUUUGCCCAACUCUCAACUUAAUUAGUGGUUGGUAAUUAAGGUACGAUUAUAAUCAUUUCGGUAUAAAAUGGUCCUGCGAGGGUUGAUUAAAAUACACUUAACGUUAGCUUAGAUUGUGGUGUUAAUUAGUUAUCCCAAAGUAUUUUGUCACGAGUUUUCAUCACAUCAGUGCAUUAUAGGUUCAAAGAGAAAUCCCUCAUAGACAUCCUAAUAUAUUUAUCCACAAUAUUUUUGGAUGGUUGGGGGGGGGGGGGGGUGGUGUUCUGGUAAUAUUUUGUUUCAUGCUUAUACAAAUUACGAGAAACAAAACGUUCGUCAAUUUCGGUAGAAUUUUAUGUUUACUUUAUCCUACCCCUAUUUCUUGCCUAGUGUGCCCUGAGGUAAAAAGUAAAUCGGUGACGUAAUGAAGUCCUUAUGUAGUUCAAAUAAAUAUCUAGCAUUAUCGUCACCACCAUCCGUUCGUCCGCAGUGUAUGUAUUUAUGAUUAUUGCUACAGUUGUUUUGGUGUUUGUGCUGUUGAUCUCUCCAACUUAUUUAUUUGGGUUCAUGCAUGAUAAUCUAUAAAGAUGUACUGUGCUUUUUUGAGAAGAUUUCUACGUAAAUCAGUAAACCAAAUUACUUUAUAAAGCGUAUAUCAGUAUUUGAAAAUAUUUAGAUUCACGAAUGUACCAUAAUCCUUUUGGCGUAUCCCACUCAUCCUCAUUUUCAGUAUGGUCAUCUAUGCUCUCUAUGAUUGGUUGCAAUGUAGCGCGUAGACUCAUCUCUCUUUGACGCGCGCACGCUUACUGAAGUUUACAAUAAUGUGCUUAUGGUACAUUCAAAUAAAGCCUGGUUUCCUCAAAAUAGCUACAAGUGUUUUCAGUGCAAUCGUUGUACUUAGCAGUCCCCGACACAAUCGGAAAGGGAUCCCCAAAUUGACCGACCAGCAUCGUCAAAAGCUGUCGGCGUUAGCGCGUGUAGCGAUUGUAUGGAAACCAAGCUUUAAUUGCUAAACGUAUUUUAAACCUUGUACAGUUAUAGCGUUUUCAGCAAACUAUUAAUUAUUUGUGGAACACUGCACUGUCCACUGAAUAGUGAAGAAGAUACAUUAUCUCGAACAAACGAACAGCAUACAAUAGACUUUUCCGCUAAACCCGGACCCUAGGAUAUCGUUUCUGAGGUCCCACAAAGGAGUGUAAAAAAAAAGGCAAACACGUGCGUUUGUGGGACAACACGUGUGCUUGUUAACACGCGCGUUCUCCUGGCCCUGCAUGACUGGUCAGUUUUACCAAAGAACUUAAAUAGCAGAAGAAUGAGCUGUUCCGCGUAUUUGCAUUAAAAUUGAUGGAACAUCCGCCCUCUCGCGAAUAGGGUAAAAUUUGAACAUUUUUACUAAGUGGAGAAACUAUUGGA